AUGUUCUAUCGAGCAUUACCGUACUUAUAUGGUGCAAUAAAUUUUGCCGAAAUGAUCAUCACUUUUCCAUCAUUAAUUUUUAUUAUUAUAAAUUUGGCUUCUACCACGUACACCGUCAACUAUAUCUCAGGCAUAAGCACAAGUUCGCCAACAACAACUACCACUAUUUUCCCACCUGUUUUACGAGACCGUUUCAAUGCUGCGAACGGUUUGCUACUUGCUAGCAUCAUUGUUUCCCUUUUAGUGGCAACAUGUUGCUGUUUGACUUGCCCCUGUCACUGGAUAGGCUUCUUUUCCGGAGACUAUCGACGUCCCUGUCUCCGAUUUAUUUCAUUGACCUGUAAUUGCCCAUGUUACAUACCUCGACCUAAAUUAAGAUUUACAGUGCGACUUGUUUUUCAUAUCAUUACCAUCAUACUUCGAUCAGUCGGAGUCAUUCUUUUUGGAACAGUACUUGCCCAAUCGUCAAGACACACGACCUUUCAAGUAGAACAUGUCUUUCUGAUUAUUUUUGCAAUUACCAUAUUGUUUCCAUUUUUCGCCAUUGUAUUGGAUAUAUAUCAUUAUCGAGUAUGGUGGGCAUACACACCGAUUGUUACUGUCAGUCCAACAGUCACCGAAAAGCCACUCUCUCCUAAGCAUAAAAGAUUUAUUCCUUAUGUACUCAUCGAAAAAUUUCGAACAGUUGCACUCGGAAAUAGAAAAUGUAAAAAUGGUUAUGAAUGUCGAGAACGAACACUAGAACACAUCGUCAUCUUUCAUUCAGCGAACUUUCGACCACAACCAAGAUGGACGCCUGACUAUCCAAUAUACAUUGGUUUUCAUCGUACUAAAGCUGAUGCUGCAAUUUCAAUAGCUCAUAGUGACAUGAGAAUUAGUGACAUUCCUCCACAGAUGCUGGGCUAUGGCAUUUAUUUUGCUCGUUCGAUCAAGAGUACCGGGAAAAAAGCAAGAAAAGAUGGCGCAUACAUUUGUGCAGAAGUUCAUAUGGGAAAAGUUCUCAUUCUUUGUCGCUCGGAAUUAUGGCAAGUUUCCAAUUCGAAUGCGUGGUGGGACGAUUAUGAUACUGUCUAUUUUAAGCAUGAAAAAGAAGAAAAAGAUGAAUUUUGUGUGAAAAGUUCCGAACAAGUUCUCAGAUGGGUAAUAUAUGUUGAGCCACCAAUGGACCGAAAAUUGGAAUUAUAUGGAAUGGAUGAAGAAUUCAAUGAUACAGCAUGUCAUUGUAUAUGA